AUGCUUCAAGUGCAACAAGCUGGGUCGAGCGCAUACAUGUGGACCAGCCGCGAAUGUCGAUACAGGCUUCCUGACAGGCCUCGGUCGGAAUCAAGGGUGGUUGCAGUGAAUACAGAAACCAAGUGGUUUGAUUGGACCGGAGGUUCCCGGAAACAGCCUAUAGUGGAAUUCCAACCGAAAAGGAAUGCGUAUGAUCUGUUCCAGAAUCAGUCGUGCAAGGCUAUUUCAGAGUCCAAGUUUGCAUGCAACAGCAACGUAUCUCUUAUUACGGUUGGACCCUUGUCCAUGUACCAGAUGAAGUACCAACACAAGUCUACGCAGCAAGACGACACGGCCGAGUAUGCUACUGUUGAGCGUGCUAUUAAGUCCCUAAACGGAAGAGUGUAUGAAGACGAUGACAAGGAGGCUCUUCGUCGGAUCUGCCGUGCAGCUUUUGCCCAUAACAAGUCAAAUAUCAUUGGUCCAUCAUUGGCCUCAUUCAUUACGCGGAACAAAUCAAGGUUCUACUUUUCGCAUCGCUUUCUCUACUGUCCGAUCAAAGAUGUAAUGUUGCUGUUGAACAAACAAGAAGUGUCAUCAGAACUACGAUAUUCACCAACAGGUCAGGCUUAUCUUGAGAACCAGGCGCUCCACUAUCUGUGUCGAAACAAAGAUCUAGAGAAUGUGUCAGUGAAGCGGUUUUACGAGCUUUACGAGGAACGACCAAUGAAGAGUGUCCACAGGCGGAAGCGUCAGCGAACUGAUGAGGAGAAAUGGCCUUUUAUGGCUGACACUGGGCAUUUCGUGCAUCCAUCAGCGAUCAAAGGAAACGACGGGGUGUUAACUGGUGAAACUUCAGCGGGAGUAAUUUUGAGGAAAGAAGAAGCAUUGGUUCGGGUUCCACAAUGGGCCUUCUCAGAUGCAGGCGGUUUUGGUGCGAAUAUCCUGACGUGUCCUACUGGCGAACUGAACCAGGCAAUGGAUACUUAUGCGGAAGUGCUGUUGGCUUUGUACUUGCCGCAUCGAUGUUUGGCUGAUUUAAAGAAGUCCGUACCCCAGACCAACUAUGCUUUCGCUGAAAGACUUCGUGAAGUGUAUGAAUACGAUGUUCUGAGAAAAGCGAAUAACGAAGAACCCGUCGUCUUCUCAGAAAGGAACCUGUCAUUCAUCCAGAACAUUCAAGACACCGCUUUCAACAACCCGAGGUAUAAGGUGAAAGAGGAUGAUCUUCAACGAGUUACCAAGCCCUAUAGACCGGAACAUUGGGAGGAGAACAUGUACGAAAACGAAUCUGAUGAUGAGCACGAACAUGAGGAAGAUGAUCUGAUUCAAAAGGUUUACGAAGAUUGGAUACGUGAUCUUGAGAGCCAGGGCACAACAGAUUCAAACCGGGACUUUCUGGCAAGCACAUUUGAUGGUCUUAGUUUUACGGCUAUACGUCACAAUGGAAGCGACAACGCAGGAUACAACGUGCAGUUACCCAUUCCUGAGAAUUCGUUAGACGAAAACGAAUUUGUUACCAUAAGUGUUGACUUUCACACGACCGGCACUACGGUUUGA